AUGAAUACUCCAAUUCCUACAACUCAACCAAUUGUUCCAGAGAUCAACCCAGAUAGAUCUUUUUUUGAAAGUUUACUUCCGUCUAUAAGUAGUUUCACAGAAGACCAAAAGUUGGAGUUUCGUUGCGAAAUACUGAACAUUAUUAAGCGUAUGAGGAAUCAACCAGCUGUACAGCAAUAUGGAUAUCCACAAAUCAACCCACAUUACAAACCCGCACAUGGAUAUGGUCGGAAUACGUAUCCAUAUUCCAGUUACAUCGAGCUUAAUCGUCCCCCUCAGCCAAAUCAAUGCCCCACGCCAAUUACACAAUUUCGAACACCUCUUUCUACUCAACUGUCUCAAACAACCAGCACUGGGGUUCCUACAAUAUCUCCAACAUCCUCAACUUCAGCAUCUAUGGACAACCAGUUUUACAGUUAAGAAGAUAGCAUAGACCUUUUUAGAGAUUAAUAAAAUAAAAUAUUGAAGUAAUAUUUCGUUUAUAC